GAGCUCACUGCCAGUCUGUUUCGUAUUGAUCAAUCCUCCAUUUUCCAACACACAGCAGCGGCAGCGGGAGCGAGAAGAGAGCCACCCCUCUACCUGGAGAGGAAGCCAGGGACCGGGGGCAGUCAUGGCAGCGAAUAUGUACCGGGUUGGAGAUUAUGUUUAUUUUGAGAACUCAUCCAGCAACCCACUUCUGAUCAGGAGGAUAGAGGAGCUGAACAAGACAGCCAAUGGGAAUGUGGAGGCCAAAGUGGUGUGUUUUUACCGGCGCAGGGACAUCUCCAGCACACUCAUCGCUCUGGCAGACAAACAUGCAAGGGAGUUGGAGGAGGAAAUGGAGAAUUCAGAGAUGGCCGAUCUCCCCGAGAAGCAGAAGCACCAGCUCAGACACAGAGAGCUUUUCCUGUCGCGCCAGCUGGAGUCCCUACCAGCAACACACAUCAGAGGGAAGUGCUGCGUGACGCUGCUGAAUGAAACCGAAGCCCUGAAGUCCUACCUGGACAGAGAGGAUGCCUUCUUCUACUCGCUGGUGUACGACCCUCAGCAGAAGACCCUGCUGGCGGAUAAAGGGGAGAUCCGCAUCGGGAACAAAUUCCAGGCUGACAUCACCGACCUCCUGAAUGAAGAUGAAGAGGACGGCAGAGACCUGGCAAAGCUAGAAGAGAAGAUCUGGGACCCCAACAGCUCACUAACAGAGAAACAGAUCGAUCAGUUUUUAGUCGUAGCUCGGUCGGUUGGUACAUUCGCCAGAGCGUUGGACUGCAGCAGUUCUGUCCGGCAGCCGAGCCUCCACAUGAGCGCCGCCGCCGCCUCCAGGGACAUCACACUGUUCCACGCCAUGGACACGCUCCACACCAACGGCUAUGACAUGACCCGGGCCAUCGCGGCGCUGGUGCCUCAGGGUGGGCCCGUCCUCUGCAGGGAUGAGAUGGAGGAGUGGAGCGCCUCCGAGGCCAACCUGUUCGAGGAAGCGCUGGAGAAAUACGGCAAAGACUUCACAGACAUCCAGCAGGAUUUUCUGCCCUGGAAGUCGCUGACGAGUAUAAUUGAGUAUUACUACAUGUGGAAGACUACAGAUAGAUACGUCCAGCAGAAGCGAUUAAAAGCAGCCGAGGCAGAGAGCAAACUCAAGCAGGUCUACAUCCCCAACUACAACAAGCCAAACCCCAACCAGCUGAGUAACAGCGUAAAGCCAGCGCUCCUAAACGGAGCAGCAGGCUCAAACGUCCCGGGACCGCCGUGCUCGGCGCAGACCCCGGGGCUGGGCAGAGCCUGUGAAAGCUGCUAUACCAGCAGCUCCUACCAGUGGUACUCGUGGGGACCUCCCAACAUGCAGUGCCGCCUGUGCGCUUCAUGCUGGACCUACUGGAAGAAGUACGGCGGCCUGAAGAUGCCCACAAGGCUGGACGGCGAGAGGCCAGGUCCCAACCGCAACACCAUGAGUCCUCACGGCCUUCCUCUGCGGCACAGCGGCAGCCCCAAGUUUGCCGUCAAGACCCGGCAGGCGUUUUUCCUGCAGACCACCGGCGCGACGCGGCUGGCACGCCGCCUCUGCGAGGACAUCAUCCGACCGCGGUACCUGGCCCGGCACCCCUACCUCCCCGUCAACACAGCAGCCAUCAAAGCAGAGUGCGCUCUGAGGUUACCAGAUCGGCCAAAAAAGCCCUCACAGCUCAAACCAGUGGAGCGGAAGCCUCUGGAGUCUGUGGUUCGGUACUUGGAAGCGCAUCCCCGUCCGUCCAAGCCCAACCCGCCGACCCGUGGCGGAUCCAUCUCAACAGGCAGCUUGACGCCCAUCAAGUCCUCUCCCAUCCUCAACAACGGCUCGCCCACCAUCCUGGGCAAGCGCAGCUACGAGCAGCACAACGGCCUGGAUGGCACCAAGUCCAAAGCCCUCACUCCACAGUGGGACAUCAUGGCCAAACGUGUUAGCGACGCGGGUCGGCCCUCGGCGUCCCUGCAGGAUGAGAUACACGAACUGGACUGAACUCCCUGUGGGAACAAUCUCUCCUGCAAACAGCAGUGAGCAGGGGGCGGGGGGAGAAAGGAAAAGGAGAAGGCUUUCCUAACAGACCAUAAGUGUGGGCAGCUGAGAGGAGACGACAGCAUUGGUCACUUUUCUUUCAGUCAGUUUGUGUCUCUUUGCUGCUGGAGGCCAGGCGACCGCUUCGGCAGAGGUCUCCAUCUGAAGAUGAGCCUGACUGUACAGGACUGUGUUUAUUACUUACAUUACUUGUUAUUACUGUCUUUGUAAUUAUUGUUAUUGGGUUGGGUUUUUUGUUUGUUUGUUUGUUUGUUUUUUUACCAACUAUAACUCGGUUUGUUUGUCGAUCAAACGAUGGAGACUUGUAAAGUUUCAUGAGAAGUGCUUGAGGAGCCCCUGUGGAGAAGGAACGUUAACAUUAGCCACUUGCAUCUUUUGUUGUGUUUUUUUUUUCUUUUUAAAACAAGACCAAGUCAGAAAAGAGACGCAUUUUUCUUUUUGUUUCAGCGACGCGAGUUCAACUUGUCUUCUGCGUCGCUCUGCAGCCAGAGGAUGGUUAACUUAUUCAGAAGGACUUGAUGUUUUUUCUACCUUUUUCAGCAAUUAGCGGCAUCUCUUCGCUUUGUAAUGUAAUUAAAAACAAUAGAUUUUUUUUUUUUUGGUUUUCUUUCCCCUCUUCUUGUUUUGGUGUCCAUCCACAGAGGCGAGGCGUUAAAACACACACAGACCGUUGUCGCUUCGGGCUGUUGUCGGUGUGUGUGUGUGUGUGUGUGUGUUCAUAUAUUUUGUUUUUUCCCUCUACUCCACACCGGGUAUGCAAGCAGGGUAUAUGCAAAAUUUACUUCGACUCUUCAUUCCUAAUGGCUUUAUAUGUUGUCAGUAUUGGAGCGGAUUUAAAGCUCGAGCUGUUCUUUGUUUUGUAAGCAAACAUCUGAAAUGAACUAAAAAGCAGGAAUGCAAGUCUGCUUUCAUGUCCAGUCUCUUGUCGGUGUGUUUAUUUUUGUACAUUUGUUGAAAACGUUGCGAGCAAAGUUGGCUUUUCGAAAAAAAAAAAAAAGA